AUGAAAUUAAGUCUUAUUCGACUCAGUGGUGGUGGUGAUGCUGAUGUUCCAGCACAUAUUCGUCAAAAAAUGGCAACAAGCUGGUAUGUUCGUCAUUUCAAUUCAUUUACAACUCAGGGCCGAGCUAAUACAGUAAUGGCUGUUGUUGGUGGUUGGUUUCUAUUUGGUUAUACUAUGUCAAAAUUGGCCAAAUCCCGAAAAGCAAAUAAAGCCGCAUCUGAUCCUCAUCCAGCUUCAACUCCAGCUCCACGCCCAUCAUCAUCAUCAUCAUCACAUAAAAAGAGUGCUCAUCAUUAA